CCCAGCUCCAGACUCGACCUCAACCUGACCUGGGAACCAUGGCCUACCUGCUGGGUCUCAGGUUCCUCGUCUAUGAAAAAGAGGAUUGGUCUACAUCUACAUGGACUCUGACCACAAUCUGAGUUUGUCCUGUGGAGGUGCAGAUACCUGGGAGUCUGGGAUUGACAAGUAUCUCUAUACCAUGCGGUUAUCCGAUGAAACUCUGUUGGAUAUCAUGGCUCGCUUCAGGAGUGAGAUGAAGAGUGGCCUCUCCCGGGAUUCUAAUCCAACAGCCACAAUCAAGAUGUUGCCAACAUUUGUAAGGUCCAUUCCUGAUGGUUCAGAGAAGGGAGAUUUCAUUGCCUUGGAUCUUGGUGGGUCUUCCUUUCGAAUUCUACGGGUGCAAGUGGAUCACGAGCAGCAUCAAAAUGUUCGCAUGGAGUCUGAGGUUUACGACACCCCCGAGAACAUCAUACACGGCAGUGGAAGCCAGCUUUUUGAUCACGUCGCUGAGUGCCUGGGAGACUUCAUGGAGAAAAAGAAAAUCAAGGACAAGAAAUUACCUGUGGGAUUCACGUUUUCUUUCCCCUGCCAACAAUCCAAAAUUGAUGAGGGCAUCCUGAUCACCUGGACAAAGAGAUUUAAAGCGAGUGGAGUAGAGGGUGCAGAUGUGGUGAAGCUGCUGGACAAAGCCAUCAAGAAACGAGGGGACUAUGACGCCAACAUUGUGGCCGUGGUGAACGACACAGUGGGGACCAUGAUGACCUGUGGCUACGAUGACCAGCAUUGUGAAGUUGGCCUGAUCAUUGGCACUGGCACCAAUGCUUGCUACAUGGAGGAACUGAGGCACAUUGACCUGGUGGAAGGCGAUGAGGGGAGGAUGUGCAUCAACACGGAGUGGGGGGCCUUUGGGGACGACGGGUCCCUAGAAGACAUCCGGACCGAGUUUGACCGAGAGAUAGACCGGGGCUCCCUUAAUCCGGGAAAGCAGUUGUUUGAGAAGAUGGUCAGUGGCAUGUACAUCGGGGAGCUGGUUCGACUGAUCCUGGUCAAGAUGGCCAAAGAGGGUCUCUUAUUUGAAGGGCGGAUCACCCCGGAGCUACUUACCAAAGGAAAGUUCAACACCAGCGAUGUGUCAGCCAUCGAAAUGAAUAAGGAAGGCCUCCACAAUGCCAAAGAAAUCCUGACCCGUCUGGGAGUGGAACCGUCUCAUGACGACUGUAUUUCAGUCCAGCACGUGUGCGCCAUUGUCACGUUUCGCUCGGCCAACCUGGUGGCUGCAACGCUGGGUGCCAUCUUGUGCCGCCUUCGUGAUAACAAGGGCACACCCAGGCUGCGGACUACGGUUGGUGUCGACGGAUCUCUAUACAAGAUGCACCCACAGUAUUCCCGGCGUUUCCACAAGACCCUGAGGCGCCUGGUGCCGGACUCAGAUGUGCGUUUCCUGCUGUCGGAGAGCGGCAGUGGCAAGGGAGCCGCCAUGGUGACCGCAGUGGCUUACCGCCUGGCCGAGCAGCACCGGCAGAUCGAGGAGACCCUGGCCCACUUCCGCCUCACCAAGGAGAUGCUGAUGGAGGUGAAGAAGCGGAUGCGGGCUGAGAUGGAGUUGGGACUGAAGAAGGCGACCCAUGAGAAGGCCACUGUCAAGAUGCUGCCCUCCUUUGUCCGGAGCACUCCAGAUGGGACUGAGCACGGUGACUUCUUGGCCCUCGACCUUGGAGGAACGAACUUCCGCGUCCUGCUGGUGAAGAUCCGCAGUGGGAAGAAGAGGACAGUGGAAAUGCACAACAAGAUCUACACCAUUCCCAUUGAAGUCAUGCAGGGCACCGGGGAAGAGCUGUUUGACCACAUCGUUUCCUGCAUCUCCGACUUCCUGGACUACAUGGGCAUCAAAGGCCCCAGAAUGCCUUUGGGCUUCACCUUCUCCUUUCCCUGCAAGCAGGAAAGCUUGGAUGCGGGUAUCUUGAUCACCUGGACAAAGGGCUUCAAGGCAACUGACUGUGUGGGGCACGAUGUAACCACCCUACUAAAGGAUGCAAUAAAAAGGAGAGAGGAAUUUGACCUGGACGUGGUGGCUGUGGUGAACGACACGGUGGGCACCAUGAUGACCUGUGCUUAUGAGGAGCCCACCUGUGAGGUCGGACUCAUCGUAGGAACGGGCAGCAAUGCCUGCUACAUGGAAGAAAUGAGGAAUAUUGAGAUGGUGGAAGGGACUGAUGGGCAAAUGUGUAUCAACAUGGAAUGGGGUGCCUUUGGGGACAACGGCUGUCUGGAUGAUAUCCGAACAGGCUAUGAUAAGUUGGUGGAUGAAUAUUCUCUAAACGCUGGGAAACAAAGGUAUGAGAAGAUGAUCAGCGGCAUGUACCUGGGGGAGAUCGUCCGCAACAUCCUGAUUGACUUCACCAAGAAGGGAUUUCUCUUCCGGGGGCAGAUCUCUGAGACCCUGAAGACGCGGGGCAUCUUUGAGACCAAAUUCCUCUCUCAGAUCGAGAGUGACCGAUUAGCACUGCUCCAGGUUCGGGCCAUCCUCCAGCAGCUGGGACUGAACAGCACCUGUGAUGACAGUAUCCUCGUCAAGACUGUGUGUGGGGUCGUGUCCAGGAGAGCUGCAGAGCUGUGUGGCGCAGGGAUGGCUGCUGUGGUAGAUAAGAUCCGUGAGAACAGGAGACUGGACCAUCUGAAUGUGACUGUGGGAGUGGACGGGACACUCUACAAACUUCAUCCACACUUCUCCAGAAUCAUGCACCAAACCGUGAAGGAACUGUCACCACAAUGUAAUGUGUCCUUCCUGCUGUCAGAAGAUGGUAGUGGCAAGGGGGCCGCCCUCAUCACGGCUGUGGGUGUGCGGCUGCGAGGAGAAGUGCCCCCAACCAGCUAAGAGCCCAGGAUCCCAGCCUGCCGCCCUUCCAGCACACCUCUCUUCGAGCAGCGCCCUCUCGUUCCUUCCAGUGAGCCGUGCUGGGAGGCGCUCGCACAGGAGCCUGCCACCACCGCGGCCGGGAGGAAGACAAAACCCAGCUCGUGGUGUAUAAUGUAGGGUACAAGAUAGAGCGUGUGCUGUUGGUAACGUGUCUCACCUCCAGGUCCCUCCUCACCCGCCCUGCCACUCUGCAUGAUUUGUUUCCACCUGGUCGUGCGUUCCCCACGUGUGAAGCCUAGUGACAUCCACUUCUAAUUUAUGCAUUUAUCCAAUGAAGUUAUUUAUUGGCUCAAGAUGAAAAGUCAUACCCUCGGACAGGUCCUAGAGGCCGCCGACGCCCGUCCUUGGGGUCGCAUCCCUCCUGUGAAAUGUAUUAUCACCAGCAGACACUGCCGGGACUCCGCCUCCCAGGGGCGCCACCUGAAGGGUGUGUGUGGAUGUAGCAUUAGCUGAUUCCUCCCGUCCCAGCACCCGCUGGUGUGUGGCGUCCUGAGUCCCCGUCUGGAUGUACGAGUGCCACCAAAUUGUGUGUCCGUGGAACCAGUCAUAGCAACAUUGUGACCGUCUUAUGUGUGUCUUGUGGGGGGAGGUGGCAGUCCUGCGGGAAAGUGUCUUGUCUCCAUUUGGGUAAAAUGAACCAAACAACCAACAAUGCCAUCACUGGAAUCUCCCAUCGCUUUUGUGAGCCAUGUUGUAUGACCUAGUAAACUUUGUACCAACUCAAA